AUGUCUUCGCCCUCCGACAAUUAUGGCCCAAGUGGUCUUCGGCAAGGUCAACAAAACAAUGAACUCCAACGCGCUCUAGGACGCCUUUCGAUCGGAACCGCGAUCAAGACCCCAUUGCCAGCCUCACCUCGACCUUCUCCGCAUCGGCGCAUCUCCGAUCGAGCUCCCUCCUCACCUGGGACUGCUCAGCGACCUCCGCCGAGCCCUCUUCGCAGGGCGUCUAGCACCAUGGAUGCUUCGCGCUCCUCGUCUCCCGCGCUUGUGCGCAAAAGUUCCACCCAGAGUCUUAGAAGUGAGAAAGGACCGGCGACUCCAGUGCGCUCUUCUUCGCGACGCAGCUCGACCUACAUGCUUGCCUCAUCACCCGUUAUAGUAAACAAUCCCGGUCUAGGUCAAAUUGAAGAGAAGGAACAGAUUACAGCCACAAAUGUGGCCACAGAUUAUUUCAAGAGGGAACUUGAAAUGUUACAGACCGAUGCUGAGCAGCAAAUUACAAAGACAGAGACGGUGGUCUAUCUUCACGAUCAAUGUUAUGGCCAUCGGUUCUCGCGACCAAAGACUCCAAAGUCCACCCUCGGCCUGAUAGUGGAGAGACCAGAGCGCAUACUUGCUGGUGCUUUGGGUAUUUCUGCCGCAUAUGUCAGGCUCGGUGGAAGGCAUGAGGGAGGACGCGCAGCACCGCAUCCGAGUCGUGAAUUGGACAAGAACGUGCCCUUCAAUAUCGUUAGAACGCAAAGAUCAGUGAGCAUUACAAGCCCAGCAGUAACAAAUGUGCAUGGUACGAAGUGGAUGGAAGAACUGAAGAUGAUGUGCGACAAUGCAGGGCAGAAGUUGGCCACGACUGGGAAGGAAUUAGGUAGAAUUGAAGCGAGUGGACCACCAGCUCAAGCACCGAAAGAAAAGCUGCACGAAGGAGAUCUAUAUCUCUGCCAGGAAUCAUUGAACGCCUUCCAGGGAGCUCUUGGUGGCGUCCUAGAUGGCGUCGAUGCAGUUUUUGACGGUACCAAAACGAGACGAGGACCCUCGAGAGCCUUUGUGUGUAUCCGCCCGCCUGGUCAUCAUUGCUCUGCAGACUAUCCCUCAGGCUUCUGCUGGAUAAACAAUGUACACGUUGGCAUACAGCAUGCUGCAGCAUCCCAUGGACUAACGCAUGCUGCGAUCAUUGAUUUUGAUCUCCAUCACGGCGACGGUUCUCAAACGAUAACUUGGGCCCACAAUGCAAAGGUGGCCAAGAUGCCCAAGAAUACGGCAAACUCGAAAAAGACAGCCAUCGGCUACUUCAGCUUGCAUGAUAUCAAUUCGUAUCCUUGUGAAUAUGGUGAGAUCGAAAAGGUGCAAAAUGCUAGCUUGUGUAUCGAGAACGCUCACGGGCAGUCCAUUUGGAAUGUUCACUUGCAGCCCUGGAAGAGGGAAGAAGAAUUCUGGGAUUUAUACGAAAAUCGCUACAAGAUAUUGAUUGAUAAGACGCGGGCUUUUCUCAGAUCACAUACGGAACGGCUGAAAAGUGGUGUCAAUCAACCUGUGCCAAAGGCGGCAAUCUUCAUCUCGGCUGGCUUCGAUGCGAGUGAAUGGGAAAGUGCAGGUAUGCAGAGACACAAAGUCAGUGUUCCAACGGAGUUUUAUGCCCGUUUCACCCGAGAUAUUGUCCAGCUUGCGCAAGAGGAAGGCACCGGCGCCGGUGGUCGAGUCAUCAGUGUCCUCGAAGGCGGAUACAGCAAUCGUGCCCUGACAAGCGGAGUACUCAGCCAUAUCAGCGGCCUCUGUGAAGGAGAGGCAGUCUCCAUCAAAGAUGAAGACCACGAACAAUCCCGACUAGGCUAUGAUAUCGGUCAGCACAUGAGUGAUAUGGUCAUCGACGAAUCCAAAACGCCCGAAAACAGGAUCGUCAAGUCUCAAUAUGACGUGUCGUGGUGGAGUGAGGCCAACAUGGCUGACCUAGAGCUCCUCGUCGACCCGCCCCCAGUUAAUGCACCUCCUAAAAAGCGCACUGGAGGUCCUUCCACAUUUGCAGCUCCCACUGCAUCAUUUCAAGCGAAAGUUGUUGAUCCUGAGAAAGUUCGCCGUUCAGCUUCAGGCGCAUAUCGCAUGUCUGCAAGCCCCUCAAGAGCUCCGACCCCACCACCCCCAGAAGUCGACUGGGCUAUUGCAACUCACGAAUUGAGCAAGCUCAUAAUCCCAAGCAACCGCCAGACACGGAGCUGUAAGCCAGAGGAGUUGAAUGAGCCAAGAGUCAAGAAAGAGAAACUCAUCCCAGCCCCUAUACCUACGGUUGACACAUUAGGUAGACAGCUCAGAGGACGCAAGCCCACAAAGCCGGGUCGGUAUGCCGACCCAGAUUCUGAUGACGACGUUACUUCUACCAUAUCUGCCAUUGCAGAGGCUGAUCGACGCAAGACCGUGGGCAUACUUCCUUCCGAGACGCCCAGGGACAAGGGUAGAAGAACUUCUAGGAGACUUAGUGUGGCGUCUAGUAUUGGUUCCAUCAACGGAGACCAUUCGACUCGUGCGCCUAGCACAGCUUCGACCCGUCCGACCAGCGGUCCGCCUUCAAGAGCCCCGUCUAUUGCAGCAGUCAAUGUGAAGAAACGAACCACAGCUGCAGUGAAGCCGGAAACAGCGUCGGCUUCACGCCCGCCUGUGCCGCGUGUGGCUCCCGGGCACUCCUCAAAGGUAAAGGUUCUUACUUCGUCACUUCCUACUGCGGCAAAGUCUUCGAACAAAGAAAAUGCCGAUAUGGAGGCUCUCGCUUCUGGGCUAAAGAAGAUCACACUAAAGCUUCCAUCGACGCAAGAGGAAUACGAAGCUCGUCAGCGAGAGAAGGGAGCCGCCGCUGCCGAGAAAGAGAAGGCCAAGAGGCCUGUUGGUAGGCCACCGACUAAGAAAGUAAACUCAGUGAAGCCCAGCGCGAAGACUAUAACAACGAAGAAAAAAUCGCCAGCUCCUCCAGCUACUGGUCCGACAGUCACUGAGACUGCUGAUGCUACUGCAAGCUCCGCACCGCCU